GAAUCUUCCUCCCCGGUUUAACACACUGCAAUAAAAAUCUCCGGAAACUUUCACAGAUUUUAGGGUUCUUCUUGUCCCUUUCCCAUUCAAAAAAUCGUUUUUUUUUUAUUUGUUCCCUAUCCAGAGUCUUCAUCUCGUCGGGAGUAAAAAAAAAGAAUCAUCUCUUUUUGAUUUUGUAAUCUGUGGGCGUUUAGCUUGAGAUCACAAGCAUCCUAACUUGUCGCAUCUUGUACCAAAGAAUGUACACUAGUGGAAGCUCUAAUCCUGCGCCAGGAAACUGCCCUCCUAACGAGAUCCAUCUGCCUCCUCGGGUUCAGCAAGCCUAUAUGUAUCCGCCGUCUCCUGCUUCCUCACAGCAGUAUCACUCUCAUCUUCCACCUGUUUCAAUGCUGCCGCCUCCACCACCGUUACCUCCUGGUGCCACACCACCCUCACAAGCAUUCCCUAAUCCGUUUCAUCCGCCACCAAGCUUCCUCCCACUUUCUUUUCCUCUGAAGAGUUUGGAACCUCCUGGGAUGCCUCUUCCUCCUCCUCCUCCAUCUUCAUCCCAACUCUUUGCAGACACCGCUUGUGCUAACCCUGAAUCUGCAACGCAUGUAAGCGUGUCUUUAGAUGGCAGAGCUCUUGACCUUGAACAACCUGUUGUUGAAGACGCUGGAUCUUCUUCACCACAUGAGAAGAAGGCGGAGCAUGGCUCUCCUUUAUAUGAUGAUCCUGACAUUGAGAUGGAAGAUGAUAUCACUCUGCCUGAGAGUAGUUACCCAAGCCAACCUCUCAACUACGGUUCUGAAACCAAUACUCUCACAGGCACAACGCUUCCUGUUUCAAAGUCAGAUACUCAAAUACACCAAGAUGUAGAUGAUGGUUCUACACAAGCUUCUUCCUCGCCUUACUCCGGAAGAGCCAAGAUUGUUCCCGUCGGUGACAUGUAUGAUCCUUUCGUAGACAGCUUUGAACCAGCAUCUGUUAAACUAGAUUGCCUUCAGGAGCAUGAACCAGUCAGCGACUCUUACACUGUACCCAAGGCGAGCAUUUCCUCAAACACCCCACUCAAUUUGGAAGAAAACAACCAAGGUGUUGUUGAUAAACAAGCUCCAAGUGAGUCGGACAUGACAGCUCGUGUCAGUGUUUCCUCAAACAAACCACCUGACGUCGAAGAAAACACCACGGGAAACGAUAUCGGAGCGGUUGUCUCUGAAGAUAACGAUGAGUUUGGUGAGAAUGCAGGAGAAGGUAACAGCCAUGAGACCCUGACUCCAAACUCCAACAACGAGAAUCCAAAGGCGACUAACAGUGCACGCGAAGGUGAUAUCACGAGGAAAAAGUCUCGAGGGGAUGCAAAGGAGAAAGACUCAUCGAGGUCCAUGAAGCUUUUCAAGGUGGCGCUAACGAAGUUCGUGAAGGAGCUUCUGAAACCUUCGUGGAGGCAAGGGAAUAUGAGCAAAGAGGCGUUCAAGACUAUUGUGAAGAGAGCCGUGGAUAAAGUCUCCAACUCAAUGGAAGGUCGUCGUGUGCCCAAGUCAAAAGCUAAGAUCGAUAAGUACAUUGACAGUUCACGGGACAAGCUGACCAAACUCGUCAUGGGCUAUGUAGAUAAGUAUGUGAAAGCGUAGAGAACCACGUGACACGGUGUUGCUGCCGCUUGGAGAAGAACUAAAUGUUGUUCUACAGUUUUGUCUCGUCUGAAAACAAUGGAUGUUUAUACAGAAAAGUUCUUUGCUUGUGAUUUUUACGAUGAUGAAGUCAUUUUGAUUAUUCUCGUAAUCUCUUUCUAACUU